CACAGAUCGGAUCAUUUCAUAUGAAGGACACCCAGGUCGCGGCAUUUGCCGCUGCCCUUCUCGGUGCAUCCACUGCAUCUCACCACUGGACGACGUCGGCUGACAAUACGACAGACGUCAACAACUUCGUGACGUCACCCGUGUCCCAUUUCACCUCGUAUCCCGCCCGACCUUCCUCGUCCAGGGUAUGACCGAUCCAACGAUCCGGACUUGCUUCCGGACGUGGAGACUCCAUUCGUCAUCGACUUGAAUCCAUUGGUGGCCAAAGCUGGAGGGUGCAAUGGCUUUGCCCAGUACUGCAACAAGCGUGUGGACCAAGUGCUUUGGAUUGGGGCUCAUAAUUCGCUCACCGACGUGGGUUUGGCCGUCCAGAGGAACCAGUUCGUCAACGGCCCGCGCCUUAUGGACGCUGGUGUCCGGUACUUUGACAUCGACAGCUGUGCGUUCGACGAAAAAGGCAAGCGCGUCGCGCCGUAUGUGUGCCAUGGUCAAGUGAAGCUCCUCGCCCAAUGGUACCAGUCCACUGAAACUGGUCUCACCUUGAUUCGUGACUGGUUGGUUGCCAAUCCUCGAGAAGUUGUGUUUCUCAACUUUGGGGACGUGAACGACUUCACGGCUGUCAACGCCAAGAAAGAAGCCACGUCAACGGUCCAACUGCGCGACGAGAUUGCGUCCGUCGUCCGCAGCGUGUUUCAGGACAUGGCAGUACUCAGGAACGACCCAUGGGACGCCCAGAUCAAGGCUGGCAACGCCACAUUGCAGCAGCUCAUCGAUGCCAAUCGCCGUGUCGUCGUGAGCAUCGGCAAAGCCUCCGACCCGAGCCCAACCUACUGGGGCCAAGACGACCGCGUGUGCAACGACGUCUGGUACGACGACAGCCUCCAAGCUGACUGGAUACACAACAACUACAAGUGGACUCCCGUGCUGGACUUCGUCGAAACGCGCAUGCGACAGCCGUGUGCGGCCCAGCCUGGCGUCCUGAACAAGCUCGAGUUUGUCUUUCAUACAGCGCUAGGCGGCACCAUUGACAGCCAUCAUGUGGGUGACACGCUGUCCACGUACAUGGAAGCACUGAAGACGGAAAACGACGCCAGUCCAUCGAUCCGCCGGUCGCCCUACUUUCCAUUCAACCUCGUCCUCACUGACCACUCGGACAAGUGGCGCGAGUUGUACCCCCAAUGGCACAACAACCACUUGACCUUUCUUGGCCAUUAAGGAGUUAUUAGAUCGAGCGUGAAAAGUCGAACGAAGAGAAUUCACCACAUUUGCGCCCACUUUCACCCCACGCUGUGAAUUUGCAAGUGGACACUUUAGUGAAUUCGACAUACGACUAGAACACAUCAAGCCAAUGCGGCCACGGUAGAGAGUAAUAAACCAACAUUUCAG